AUGGGUGAUCCAGUGAAUGAAGUUCAUCCGGUAGAAGAGUAUGAAAAUGAAAACUCGAUUGGGAUUAGUUUAGUAGAGGCCAUAUCUGAUAAUGAUGGAGAUACUGCAAAUACUCAGGCUCCUAAUACUGUGUCUACUGAGAAUGCUUCCAUAGAAUUGCAAACAGUAGCCUAUGAAAGAAAAAAAAGAAAGAGGACUUCUGAUGUAUGGAAUGAUUUUGUUGAGGUUGAUAAGGAUGGGGUUAAACAACCUCAAUGUAAAUGGUGUAAAACCUUGUUUAAAGCUUCUCGAUCAAGUUCUACGACUACUCUACGUAGGCACUUACUAACCUGUUUGCCAUACAUGGGGUCUAAGAAAAAACAAAAAGUCUUAGCAGUUGAGUCUAAGGAGGCAGAUGGAAACUUCACUGUCUCAAACUUUACCUAUGAUCGUGGUAGGGUUCGAGAGCUUGCUGCUCAUAUGAUACUUUACCAUGAAUAUCCAUUCUCUAUGAUGGAGCAUGUGGUAUUUAAUAAAUUCAUGAGUGCAAACACUCCAUAUUGGGAAAAAAUGUCACAGGCUCUUGCAAAGAAAGAAUUGACAGUUCAUUUUAUAGAUGUUGAUUGGCAUCUUCAGCGGCGUGUGUUGAACUUUUGUAAUGUGCCACCUCCACAUACUAGCCUUCUUAUUGCUGAUGCUUUAGAAAAGUGUUUCCAAACUUGGGGGAUUGAGAAUAAAAUUAGUUCAAUUACUGUUGACAAUGCUAGUUCUAAUGAUGUUGCCAUUCGGAUCUUGAAAGAUGAUUUUAGGUUGAAGAGAACAUUGACUGUAGGUGGGAAACUAUUUCAUUUGCAAUUGCCUUCAAAGAAACUGAUUUUAGAUGUGCCUACAAGAUGGAACAGCACUUAUUUAAUGUUAGAUGCUGCAAUUCAGUUCAAAGAAGUUUUCCCUAGAUAUGGUGAUAGAGAUAGAUGUUUUGAAUGGGUUCCAACUGUUGAAGAGUGGGGGCAAGUUGAAAAUGUUUGUCAACUACUAGCUAUUUUCAAUGAAGUCACCAAUAUUGUAUCCGGAAGUGAUUACCCAACAGCAAACUUAUUUCUUUCUGAAGUUUGGAGAAUGAAGGACAUCUUAGGUAAGAAGAGUAGAGAUGAGAAUGAGUACAUGAAAUCAAUGCCUAGUAAAUCAGAACUGGACAAUUAUUUAGAGGAGAGUAUAUAUAUCUGUGAAGAGGGUUCAGAUGCAAGUUUCGAUGCCUUGGAUUGGUGGAAAACAAAUAGUCUCAAAUUUCGGACUUUGUCCAAAUUGGCCCGAGAUAUAUUAGCUACCCCAAUUACCACAGUUAGCUCAAAAUCAACAUUCAGCGCAGGAGGCAGAGUCAUUGAUCCUCAUCGAGCGUCAUUGUCAACUGAAACUGUCCAGAUGUUGUUAUGUGGGUCUGAUUGA